AUGGGAGCGAGCAAGCUGCAAUACAUCGCUAAUGAAGAAUUAAACAGGAGAAAUGGUGUGAAAGAUGUCGUCAAAGAGAGAUGGGCUGUGAUUGGGAGAAUUUUAACUCAGACAAUGUCAGCAGAUGAAGGUGCCUGUACUUUGCAAUGUCACCUCUCCUAUACACAGCUGAGGUCUCACAGGUACACCUGGAAGAGGAGUGACCAACUUCUUGCUAAUGACUCUGCUUAUGGACCUUUAUUGACCCCGCCUCAGAAAGAAGGUGAACUUGGCUCCAGGCACGGCAUCACUCUCCUGUCUUUAUCUGCCAAUGACACUGGGGUACACUGUGACUUUCACACCUUUCCUGAUGGGAUUUACAAAGGGAAAAUUUUCCUGGAAGUCACAGAACCAAGCCAUCCAGGAGAUUCAGCAGCAGAGGCACUGGACAGCUCCCAUUCAAGCAUAUCUUUUGGCGUCAUGGUCUCAGGGAUAAUACUCAUUGCUGCAACAGUCAUCAUGUUGGUGAUCUUGGGUGCCAAGAGAAAAACUUUCAGGACCAAUUCAGCAGAUUACGGCCUCAUGGGAAGAAGUCCCUUCAAACAGAAUGAGUUGAGCCUGAGUUCUCCUGGUAGGUGUCUUCAACUAGAAGCCACACCAAUGACCACCAGUCAAGAUUAUCAACAAGAACAUGACAUAGAACAAUCUCAUGAAUAUUUUAAUGUUCUUAGUUAUAGAAAUCUGAGUGGCUUUAACUUACCAGUAGAGACAAGAUAAUCCCUUAAAAGUGCUUGGCA